UCUGCUCCGUCUGCCUCCAGCUUAAAAACCCUAAGAGGAAAAUCAAAAGCAUUAAAAGGAAAAAAAUGGGGAACUGUUUGCGACACGAAUCGGGAACACAAUGGGCCGGCGACGACUGGGGGUCACCGCCGCGAGAUGAAUUUUUCGGUGGCGAGGCGAAACGUGGCGCCACCGGCGAUCAGAAGAAGGCGACGAUGGAAAUGGAGGAUAUGAGAAAAGGAACAGCAACGACAACGGAGGUGAAGGUGAAGAUAACGAAGAAGCAGUUGGAGAAGUUGUUAAGUAGGGUGGACCUGAAGGAGCUGUCGGUGGAACAAGUUUUGGAAGAGUUGAUAAACGUCGCCGAUCGGUGUGAUCAUACGAAUCAACGGUCAUGGAGGCCCGCACUGCAGAGUAUACCGGAGGUAAACUGAGUCUGAGCCCGAGCUGAUUGGCUGAUGGCUGUAUGAUCUAUAAGAAAGGGCAGUAUGAUUCCUCCAUUUUCUCAAAUUUAGGUUUUAGUGCAGUAGGUUGUGUUUGUUUAGUGGGAAAGUAGAGGGAAAGAAAGUUUGUUAGAGAUAUUGUUCAUUCUGUACAUAGAAAAGGAAGAAAGACCAAGUAGAGUUAGCAAGAGCAAAAUUUAAUGAGGAAUUUUCCUUUGUAUAGCUUUUCGUUAUGUAUUAAUAUCGUGUGCAUAUUUAUGCA